UCAUUCUGUCACAUCUCUGAUAAGCUUCUGUCACAAUCAAGGAUGAUCAGUAUCAACAUAAAUAAAAUCAGCUGGUCGUUCGUAUACUCACUGUUUUAGUGCAUUGUUACAAUAACUACUUAUAAAUUUACCAAAAAUGUCCGUACUCUUGCGUAAUAUUAAAACACAGACCACUCGACUCCAGCAGCAGCGGUACAUGAGUGUUGUUGCCUCGGUUCUGAAGUACAGCGAAUUCGGUGACCCGGCAAAGGUGAUUGAAGUGCAGCAGGAGACUGUCGCCGACCCAUCCAAUGGGGAAGUGCUCGUCAAAACGCUGGGAGCGCCAAUCAAUCCUGCCGAUAUCAAUACCAUCCAAGGAAAAUACCCCGUGAAGCCCCAGUUCCCAGCGGUUGGAGGAAAUGAAUGCGUCAGCGAGGUGGUGGCUGUUGGGGGUCAGGUUGGUGGGUUGAAGGUUGGAGAUAGAGUUGUUCCAUUUGCUACUGGAUUAGGAACUUGGCGAUCCCAUGCCUUGUACAAGGAAAGCAAUCUCAUGAAAGUACCGAACUCGAUCGGAAUCGCCGAGGCUGCCACAAUAACGGUGAAUCCCUGUACUGCCUAUAGAAUGCUGAAGGAUUUUGUCCCUCUCAAAGCGGGUGACACUGUAAUACAAAAUGGAGCGAAUUCAGCAUGUGGACAAGCAGUUAUUCAAUUGUGCCGGGCGUGGGGCGUCGACUGUGUAGGGAUUGUACGUGACAGACCGGAGUUCAGUAAGCUACGCGACUAUCUGAAGGACUUGGGGGCUGCCGAGAUACUGACCGAGGAGGAGCUACGAACUACAAAAAUAUUUAAGGAUGGAUUAUUUAAGAAACCAAAGCUGGCUUUGAAUUGUGUAGGUGGUAAAAAUGCCCUGGAGGUAUCCCGUCAUUUGGAUAACCAAGGUAUCAUGGUAACCUACGGUGGAAUGUCACGGGAACCGGUCACCGUACCAACAGCGUCGCUUAUCUUCAAAGAUCUGCAGUUCAGUGGCUUUUGGAUGACUCGCUGGACGAAACAAAAUGCACAAAAUCCCAAGCGACAAGAGAUGUUCUCCGAGUUGUUUGAGCUGAUUGGAAAGGGUGCGCUCAAGGCACCGGCUCAUGAGAUGAUCGCAUUUACCGAUUACAAGACAGCAGUGACGAAUGCCUUAAGUAUCCAGGGAUUUGUAGGUAAAAAAUAUAUUUUUACCUUCUAAGCAUUUGUUGGAUUUUCCUAUAUUGCAACAAUAAAAUCGUUUACAGAAACAAGAGCAUACCUAUUAGAA